CGGCGCGGGGACUCAGCGGCGUCUGCGGUUAGUCUCCGCUGAAGCGGUGUGGCUCGGCGCCGAAGGUCAUGGGUGUGCUGGCGGCUCUUCUGCGUGGCGGCGCCCGUGGGCGCGGCCCCCUGCUCCGGAGGCUGAUGCGGGAAAUAAAAUACGUGGAGCGAAGUUAUGUAUCAAAGCCCACUUUGAAUGAAGUGGUCAUAGUAAGUGCCGCGAGAACGCCCAUCGGAUCCUUUCUAGGCAGCCUUUCCUCCCUGCCAGCCCCUCGGCUUGGCACCCUUGCAAUUCAGGGGGCCAUUGAGAAGGCAGGGAUUCCCAAAGAAGAAGUUAAGGAGGCAUACAUGGGGAACGUUCUACAAGGCGGUGAAGGUCAGGCCCCUGCGAGGCAAGCAGUCCUGGGCGCAGGCUUACCUAUUUCUACUCCGUGCACAACCGUAAACAAAGUCUGUGCCUCAGGCAUGAAGGCCAUCAUGAUGGCCUCCCAGAGCCUCAUGUGCGGACAUCAGGAUGUGAUGGUGGCAGGUGGGAUGGAGAGCAUGUCCAACGUCCCCUAUGUAAUGAACAGAGGUGCUACACCGUACGGCGGUGUGAAGCUUGAAGAUCUGAUUGUGAAAGAUGGGCUAACUGAUGUCUACAAUAAAAUCCAUAUGGGAAACUGUGCCGAGAACACGGCGAAGCAGCUGCACAUCACGCGGGAGGAGCAGGACUCGUACGCGGUGGGCUCCUACAGCAGAAGUCAGGCGGCCUGGGACGCCGGGCGGUUUGCAGACGAGGUCGUUCCAGUCACGAUCUCAGCCCGAGGUAAACCAGAUGUGGUGGUGAAAGAAGAUGAAGAGUACAGACGUGUUGACUUUAGCAAAGUUCCAAAACUGAAGACAGUUUUCCAAAAAGAAAAUGGUUAGUAUUAUGAAAUGAAGCGUGACAAGAAAUGGAGUUAAUAUACCAUAUCUAGUCUGGGAACCACUUAAGGAUUUUAAAAAUAAUUCUACAAAACAUCUACCUGUUACUUAAAAUUUUAACUUCACCUGGGUUCAUGUGAAAUGAACAAGUUCUAGUUAUCCAAAAAAAUCUUUAAAAUCCCUUACCGGUUAAUACCUUCAGUGUAUAAAUCCUAGGGAAGAGAUUGUAGAAUGGGUGCAGAAUUCAGUUUUUCAUACGCAGUUCAUCUUGAAAGUUUAUUGGGACAUGAAAGUCGCUGAUGUGUUAAGUCUGUUAGAUUUUUUUUUUUUUUUUUUUUAAGAA